AUGGAGAAAGCAAGUGGAAGCAAGUGGAAGGAAGUGGAAGAAAGCAAGUCCAUUGCUCUGUCCACAGUGGAGACUGGCACAGUGAACCCGGGGCUGGAGCUCAUGGAAAAAGAAGUAGAGCCUGAGGGAAGCAAGAGGACUGACGCACAAGGACACAGCCUGGGGGAUGGACUGGGCCCUUCCACUUACCAGAGGAGGAGUCGGUGGCCUUUCAGCAAAGCAAGAAGUUUCUGCAAAACACAUGCCAGCUUGUUCAAGAAGAUCCUGUUGGGCCUGUUGUGUUUGGCCUAUGCUGCCUAUCUCCUGGCAGCUUGCAUCUUGAAUUUCCAGAGGGCACUGGCCUUGUUUGUCAUCACCUGCUUGGUGAUCUUUGUCCUGGUUCACUCGUUUUUGAAAAAGCUCCUGGGCAAAAAAUUAACAAGAUGUCUGAAGCCCUUUGAAAACUCCCGCCUGAGGCUUUGGAUGAAAUGGGUGUUUGCAGGAGUCUCCUUGGUUGGCCUUAUACUGUGGUUGGCUUUAGACACAGCCCAAAGGCCAGAGCAGCUGAUCCCCUUCGCAGGAAUCUGCAUGUUCACCCUUAUCUUCUUUGCCUGCUCCAAACACCACAGUGCAGUGUCCUGGAGGACAGUGUUUUCGGGCCUAGGUCUUCAAUUUGUCUUUGGGAUCUUGGUCAUCAGAACUGAUCUUGGAUAUACUGCAUUUCAGUGGCUGGGAGAGCAGGUCCAGAUUUUCCUGAACUACACUGUGGCCGGCUCCAGUUUUGUCUUUGGGGAUACAUUGGUCAAGGAUGUCUUUGCUUUUCAGGCCUUACCAAUCAUCAUUUUCUUUGGAUGUGUGAUGUCCAUUCUCUACUACCUGGGCCUUGUGCAAUGGGUAGUUCAGAAGGUCGCCUGGUUUUUACAAAUCACUAUGGGCACCACUGCUACAGAGACCCUGGCUGUGGCAGGAAACAUCUUUGUGGGUAUGACAGAGGCACCUCUGCUCAUCCGUCCCUACCUUGGGGACAUGACACUCUCUGAAAUCCAUGCGGUGAUGACUGGAGGGUUUGCCACCAUUUCUGGCACUGUGCUGGGAGCCUUCAUAGCCUUUGGGGUUGAUGCAUCAUCCCUGAUUUCUGCCUCUGUGAUGGCCGCCCCUUGUGCUCUUGCCUUAUCAAAGCUAGCGUAUCCGGAAGUGGAGGAAUCCAAGUUCAAGAGUGAGGAGGGGGUAAAGCUGCCCCGUGGGAAGGAGAGGAAUGUCCUGGAAGCUGCCAGCAACGGAGCCAUAGAUGCCAUAGGCCUUGCUACUAAUGUAGCAGCCAACCUGAUUGCCUUUUUGGCUGUGUUGGCCUUCAUCAAUGCUGCCCUCUCCUGGCUGGGGGAAUUGGUGGACAUACAGGGGCUCACUUUCCAGGUCAUCUGCUCCUAUCUCCUAAGGCCCAUGGUUUUCAUGAUGGGUGUAGAGUGGACAGACUGUCCAAUGGUGGCUGAGAUGGUGGGAAUCAAGUUCUUCAUAAAUGAGUUUGUGGCUUAUCAGCAACUGUCUCAAUACAAGAACAAACGUCUCUCUGGAGUGGAGGAGUGGAUUGAGGGAGAGAAACAGUGGAUUUCUGUGAGAGCUGAAAUCAUUACAACAUUUUCACUCUGUGGAUUUGCCAAUCUUAGUUCCAUAGGAAUCACACUUGGAGGCUUGACAUCAAUAGUACCUCACCGGAAGAGUGACUUUUCCAAGGUUGUGGUCAGGGCCCUCUUCACAGGGGCCUGUGUAUCCCUUAUCAGUGCCUGUAUGGCAGGAAUCCUCUAUGUCCCCAGGGGAGCUGAAGCUGACUGUGUCUCCUUCCCAAACACAAGUUUCACCAAUAGAACCUAUGAGACCUACAUGUGCUGCAGAGGGCUCUUUCAGAGUACUUCUCUGAAUGGCACCAACCCUCCUUCUUUUUCUGGUCCCUGGGAAGAUAAGGAGUUCAGUGCUAUGGCCCUUACUAACUGCUGUGGAUUCUACAACAAUACCGUCUGUGCCUAAGGCUGCUUGAUCUAUUUCCAUAACAGUUUUGAUCUUAACAGCUUUGUGAUUGCAAAGGUGUUUAUGUACUCAGGGUGCCCACAACUCACUCACCAAGAUGUUUAACAGUAAGUAACAGUAAAUGUAAGAGAUUCAUUUUGGGCCGGGCUCAGUGGCUCACGCCUGUAAUCCCAGCACUUUGGGAGGCCGAGGCGGGCGGAUCACAAGGUCAGGAGAUCGAGACCAUCCUGGCUAACACGGUGAAACCCCGUCUCUACUAAAAAUACAAAAAAUUAGCCGGGAGUGGUGUCGGGCGACUGUAGUCCCAGCUACUCGCGAGGCUGAGGCAGGAGAAUGGCGUGAAUCCGGGAGGCGGAGCUUGCAGCGAGCCAAGAUCGCGCCACUGCACUCCAGCCUGGGGGACAGAGCGAGACUCUGUCUCAAAAAAAAAAAAAGAUUCAUUUUGGUUCGCUGUAUCCCAAUAAUGAAAAAUAGCUUUUGUUUUUCCAUUAUUUGGCUGAACCAAAAAAUGACAUUCCUCAUGGGCCCUGCCUGAACUUUUAUUUGAAAAAAUAAGUAUUACUGUCCAACAAUGAUAGACUGGAUUAAGAAAAUGUGGCACAUAUACACCAUGGAAUACUAUGCAGCCAUAAAAAAUGAUGAGCUCAUGUCCUUUGCAGGGACAUGGAUGAAAUUGGAAAUCAUCAUUCUCAGUAAACUAUUGCAAGGACAAAAAACCAAACACCACAUGUUCUCACUCAUAGAUGGGAAUUGAACAAUGAGAACACAUGGACACAGGAAGGGGAACAUCACUCUGGGGACUGUUGUGGGGUGAGGGGAGGGGGGAGGGAUAGCUUUAGGAGAUAUACCUAAUGCUAAAUGACGAGUUAAUGGGUGCAGCACACUAGCAUGGCACAUGUAUACAUAUGUAACUAACCUGCAUAUUGUGCACAUCUACCCUAAAACUUAAAGUAUAAUAAUAAUAAAAAAGAAAAAACUUCAUAAAAUAAAAUAAAGUGAAGCACCCACC